UACAGUGAAAUGAACCGUACCCCUCCGGUCCGAAAAAAAUAAUACAGAAAAUUAGGGUUUCAAUAUAAAUAGCAACAUAAACCCUACCUUCUCCUGAACUCUCCGAAUCUCCAUUGCAGCUUCAAAAAUCAAACCCUAGGAAGGAGGAGAUGGCGGCAGUGCCAGGGCCGUUGAUAUGGGAGAUGGUGAAGAAGAACAACUCCUUUCUGGUGAAGGAGUUCGGGAGAGGAACAGCGAGCGUGCAGUUCAGCAGGGAGAGCAACAAUCUCUACAACCUCAACUCCUACAAGCACUCCGGUUUGGCAAACAAGAAAACAGUUAUCAUUCAACCUGAGGGCAAAGACCGAUCUGUGUUGCUUGCCACAACCAAGACCAAGAAACAGAACAAGCCUGCGGCUUCACUCCACAAGUCUGUCAUGAAAAAGGACUUCCGGAGGAUGGCAAAGGCACUGGAAAACCAGGUGGGAGACAACUACUACAGGCCAGAUCUAAAGAAAGCCGCCCUUGCUAGGUUGAGUGCUGUGCACAGGAGCCUCAAAGUCGCCAAAUCUGGUGUCAAGAAGAGGAAUAGGCAGGCUGUGAGAAUUCAUGCUAGGAAGUGAGAGUUGGAGGUUGAUAAAACUUGCAUUGUGCUGCCGUUCAGUUUCUUUCAUUCCCCCCUCCAUAGCAUUCCGGAUUCCCUUUUUUUGUUUCAAUCUCCAUUUUUCUCCCUCGACUUUUUUGGUUUCUUGUUAUACAGUUUGAAUUUUCACUCGAUUAUUUUUGAAUUUACCGCCA